AGCAAGUGGGCAGGGCUGUGGAGAAAGGUCACCACCGCAGCAGUAUAAUAUAGUACAGUACACAGAGAGAGAAGUCUUCAAAAUGGCUAAACAACGGUCAGCAGAAGCUCCCCCAUUUAGAGAGAGGGUAUACACCACUCUGUACAGGCUGAGAUACGGGUGGCAGUUUCGAUCAAGUGUGGAGAUCUCUAAGGAAGAGCCGAUUUGGGUCCUGGGGACGAAUUACUAUGACGACCCAGAAUCUGGUGACAAGCAUCGUGAUGUUGAAGGAGCACCUCCACACGUCAUGGCCUUCAUGGAGCAUUUCUACUCUGUACCCUGGAUGACUUACAGGUCCAAUUUCCCCCCCAUCUCCAACACGGCCCUGACUACAGUUUGUGGGUGGGGCUGUAUGUUACGCAGUGGACAAAUGGUCCUAGCUACGGCCCUCAACAGACACAUGUUGGGCAGGGACUGGAGGCUGCCCACCUCCUCUGACAAAGACAAGGAUAUCCACGCCAAGGUGAUGUCAUGGUUUGCUGACUGCCCCAGUCCUCAAGCACAAUUCUUCAUGCACGCACUCAUGGACCAAGCUGUUCGUCAUGACAACCAUCCUGGCGACUGGUUUGGACCCUCACAAGUCUCUGUUCUAAUGAGGGAGUGUAUGAAAGUUGCCAAGACAGCUAUUCCUGAUUUGAAGAACGUGCAGGUGUAUGUUACCUACGACUGCACAGUGUAUGUGAAGGAUGUGCUUCAGCUCUUCCAUGAGCAGUGUGAUGAGGCCCUAGCUACAGUGCAGUGUGUGAAAACACACCCUAGUGUUGCUGGUCCCAGUACGACUGGGCAGUGAGACCCUGCAUGAACUCCAUCUACAUCCCGUGCAUACAAGGGCUUCUCUCGCUCGACUGCUGUGUGGGGAUCAUAGGAGGACGACCAAAACACUCUGUCUACUUCAUUGGCUUCCAAGAUGACAAGCUGAUUCAUCUCGACCCUCACUACUGCCAAUCUGCACAGAUCCUGGAGGAUGGCGACGACCCCUGUCAGUUUGAUACCAAG